AUGCAUAAGUUUCUACAAAUCGAAACAGGUAAAAUAACUGAUUUUCCAUCGAACAAUUCGGAAGAUGGUCAAUCAACACAAGAAUCUAAUAAAUUACCAAAAGAUGGUCAACCUCCUUUAUUAAAUUCCAAAAAUGAUAAUCUAGAAGAAGAACUUAAUGAAGCAAUUAACGAUAUUGAACAUCGUGUAACAGAUUUAAAAGAUAAUCAACUAGAUAAAACAAAUGAACAAGAAUUAUUGGACUUGACAGGUGGUCUAUUAGAACUCGAACUUAAAGAAGCAACUAAAGAUGAUGCUUAUGUACCUUCAUCGUUAGAUAAUUCAUUAUUUGAGAAAGUUGAUAAUGAAAAUUUUGAAUAUUUAACAGUAUCAAUGAGUGCAUUACCAGAUAUAAAUCAAGAAAUGAAAUAUUUCUCAUUAGAUAAAGUAGCUGUUGGUAAUAUUCCAGUCGGUAUUAUUGUACAAGAUUAUUCACUUUCAGAUAAAAUGAAAUUAACUCAUUUAUAUCAAAGUAAUAAAGUUGAAGAUACAAAAGAAUUAUUUCAUUAUAUUUCCCAGCACAUUCAUAAUAGAUUAAUGAAUUGUGCAUCGAGUUUUCGAAAAUGGAUUGUAAAUCCAAGUUCCGGAGAACCAAUAUUUUAUCGAAAUUGUAUUCCAUGUACUAAUGCUGUAGAUCUUAAUUUACAAAGUUUAUUUGAUCAACAAAUAAAUAUUAAUAAAUUAAAACAUUAUUUUGUAAAUACUUGUAAUAUGGAAAAACAAUGGAUUUCAUAUAUAAGUAAUAUGGAAUAUUUACAUGUCGAUCUUAAACGACAUCCAACGACAACUUUUACAGAUCUUAUACGUCAAAAUCUUAUUCUUAAUCAUAGAUAUGUACUUCAAGGAAUAGUUAAAUCUGAUCGUGGAAUAAAUCAUAAAGAUUUUCUUCAUGUAUGUAAUUUAAUCAAUGAUGAAUACGGUCAUAUAUGGAUUAUUGAUGGACAAAUAGAAAGAGUUUUUGAUUUUAAUCAAUCAGAUGAUAUUAAAGAACUUGACAACAGAUAUAGAAUUGAUUAUGUUGCACGUGCUUCUACAGGAUUAUUUCGACCACCAUCACUUAUACAAUAUUCCAAACAUUUUCGAUCGGAAUUUGGAUCUGAAGAAGCACCUACUGGUUCAUAUAAUUUAUGA